CCGUGCGUGCCGCAGCCGGUCACGUGGGCGGCAGGACCGGGGCCGCGGCCGCGACAGGCUGAGGCGGCGCCGGCAGCAGCGAUGGCGGCGGCGGCGCUGGGCGGGCUCGGCCUCCUGCGCGCCCGGCUCAAGCUCGCAGCCGCAGCGACCUCCGCCGCCCUCGGCCGAACCGGCCACCGCGCGUCCCCGCUGCGCGGAGGCGUCGCCGCCGCCGCUCUCCCCUCGACCGGGAGGAGCUACGGCUCCCAGGCGAAGGAAGAGGAGGAGCUCCGCGUCCGGUACCUGGAUGAUGAGCACAAAGGAAUUGUGGUGCUUGGAUUAAACAGAUCUCAUGCCAAGAAUGCACUUAGCAAAAAUCUUGUUAAAAUGAUGUCAAAAGCUGUGGAUGCUUUGAAAUCCGAUAAGAAAGUACGAACUGUUGUGUUCCGGAGUGAAGUCCCGGGGAUAUUCUGUGCUGAAGACUGACCCAUUCCUGAUGAGGAAGCAGGCACAAAGAAUAUGAUAGAAAAUUGGGUGGGACUGUACUCAACAGUGCAGUCUUCAAAUCAGCAUCUAAUCAACUAGGAAAUUUUAAGCUAAGAAUUACUUGUCUGUCUUCUCAUUAGUUGGUGCAAUGCCUUAGUUGAAAAAAUUAUAGAAUUUGGUUUUUGAAUUUAUUCAUCUUUCUGAAGGUUAUUCUCUGGAUGGGAAUAGAGCUUUUAAACUAAUGUAUUUAGUUCACAUGGGCCUCUCGAGAAAAGACCAGGAGCUGUCCUGGUACUUGACAGAGCAAGCUGCAUCCAGUUCCAAAACAGACCCAUGACUGCCCAAUGCUGAGUCUUUAAGAGAUGCUGGUGGCACCUCUGUGAUAACAUAUAUAUUAGAAAUUGUAAAGAACCAUGUGCAGCAGCCCUGAGAGAGGAGUGACAAAAAAAUGGAAGAGGAACAGCCCUGCAGACCCCCAGAUCAGAAGCAAGGAAGGGGAGGAGGUGUUUAAGUGCCAAAGGAGAGAUUCCCUUGCAGCCCAAAGACAGGACCAUGUCAAAGCAGAUUGUCAUCGUGGAGCUCAUGGAGGACCAAUCUGGAGCAGAUAUCCACACUACAUAUAUCCACAGGCUAUGAGGAGCCCCGUGCUGAAGGAGGUGGACACACCCUGAUGGAAUCUGCAGCCCAUGAAAAGCCCAGUCAGGAGCAGGGUCCCAUGGGAAGCAGCCUAUACAGGACCAGACGCUCUAGCAGUUGUGGCUCAUGGGGGACCCAUGCUGGAGAAGUCUGUUUCUAAAGGACUGUGCCCUGUGGAAAGGACCAUGCUGAAGCAGUUCCUGAAGAACUGCAUCUCCCGUGGGAAGUCCUGGGAAAGACUGUAUUGUGUGAGAGAGAUCCUAUGCUGGAGCAGGGAAAAAUAGUGAGGAGAAAAGAGUGGCAGGGAUGAAGUGUUAUGGUUGAAUUGCAAGCCCCAUUCCCCCUCCCUUUUGCUCUGCACAGCGGUGGGGAGGGGUGGGAGAGUUAGUAACAAAGUUAAGCCAGGAAAAAAGGAGGAAAGAGUGGUGGGGGGAAGAUGGGUUUAUUUUGGUUUUUGUUUCUCACAGUCUACCUUUUAUUGACAAUAAAUUAAAUCUAUCUUUCUUAAGUCCUGUCUUGUUUUGUGCAUGAUGGUAGUAAAUGAGUGAUCUCCCUGUCCUUAUCUUGAUCCACGAUCUUUUAAUUGUAUUUUCUUCCCUAUCUUACUGAGGAGAGAAACUGGCAGAGAGCCUAAGUUAACCUACACAUCCAGUUAUUACAGAUUUUUCAAAGUAAGAUUGAGGGAAGACCUUUAUUCUUGAAGAGCUAUGAAUUGAGGGUGGAUUGGUUAUAUAAGGUCUCAGAGGAACUUGUGUUAAAAAUAGUCUAAAAUAAAAGUAGUCAGGAAGAUUUUUCUCCAGUUGAGUGAGUAGUGACCAGAGGUGUGUAAUAAGUAUGGUAUAGAAGUUAAAGCAGAAUAACUUCAACAGGAAAGACUAAAUCUUUAACUACUUGGCUCUUUUUUUCUAUCCCUUACUUGAGGGGCAGGAUUUUUUUAAGGUUUGUGUAUGGCUUCUGUUUAGAUGACUCAUUCAUCCUACCUUGUAUGCUCUGAAGACUUGUGUAUGUGUAUGAAAUAUUGUGUGUCCUUCUCCAGUUUUUGAAGCUCUCUAAUGACAACUUCAGUUUAGUUACUCCUUUAGUAUCAAGAGCAAUGUUAUAAAAAUAUUGUAUUUCUGUCUGAGAGGGAUUCCAUUGUUUCACUGAAUACAGACAGUUUGAAUUGAAAGUACUUUCAACCAGCGUGUAUUUGUCUCCUGUGUCAAAGAUUUCUAAGGGUCUAAUGAAAGUAAAGACAACUUAAUUCAUAGCUAAUAUUACCAUAGCAUAAAGCUUUUUAAAAAAAAAAAAAGCUUCUGGUAAUUUGAUAUAUUCAGCUAUAAUGCUAGUUGUGGAUAUUUCUUUGCCAUUUUUCUUCCUUUUUUGGUCUUGAAUGAGCUGUAGACCAUAGCUUACUGUGAUUUGGGCACACAAAUAAAAAAACAAAUUUAAGAUCAGGUCAUUAGUGACAGAUAAAUUGUGAGCUCCAGCUAGAGAGUCAUCUUUCUAGCAGUAUUUUUCCUUGAUUGAUGCACUUUUGAGAUUUGCUUUUUGAAGCUGGUGAAACAACAUCUGACCGUUCUUUCUCUUCUGUGGCUUGUGACAUCUGAUAAAAAAUGGAAAUGUAAAAGUUUAUUUAUUUCAAUGAUACAAGCAUUCUUCUUUUUCCUUUUUCAAGAGGAUUGAAGCCAUCUUGAACUUGAGAUCCAUGCUAUUACUUAAAAUUGAUAAAAAAUAUCCAAAUCUGUCUUGAUUUGGUUCUCUGGUUGUCUGGUGAGCUUUGCCAAACCGAAUCAACAUUUUGUAGACAGUUACCUAUUUGAUUGAUAAUGCUAGUGCGUUGCUGGUAUAAUAUUUACCAAAGGCUGGACUCUGUAAUACAGUUAUGUGGAAAUACAGCACCUACUUCAGUUGCUGGAAAUGUGGGAUUAUUUUAUGUGAUGGAUAUCUGUCUUUAAAACUCAUUUGGAGCAACAGAAGGCUAUACUAUAUUUGGUAUCAUUCAGGUGGUUUAUGUGUUCUAGGAAGUAUACAAGCAGGAUUAAAGUGUAUCUUUGGCUAUUGGAGAACAUAGUGAGGGUGUUUUACCUGCUGAUAAAAAAUAUAUAUUUUAAUUUUUUUUUCUGUUUUAGUAGUUUAACAAGUUGCCUUGGGCUUUUAGUCCAUUGCAACAAAUGCACAGAAUUAAUCGAAAUAUUUUUUCCAGUGAAAGCCACCUAAAAUACUAAAACCAUUAAGUUCUAGGUAAAAGAUAUAUUUCUGAGGUAGUGGUAUUUGGUUAGUUCUUUUUCCAGAGGAGGAUAACAAGAAAGGGAGUGACUUGCCUAAAGCUAUGAAAAAUUAUAAAAGCAUGGAAAAAAUGGAUCAAAUUGAAUGCCUAAAAUUGUUAAAUUGAAAUAUUUGGUACAAAGUAAUUUCUUAUGUCUGGAGAAGUAGUUAUGAAUAAAUAUACAGGUGAUAAGCGAAAUUUAUUUGUUUAGACUCUGUCUAGGGCAGUCAGAAUCAUGCUGAGGGUAUCCUCUGAGUAGCUGUACAGAAAACCUAGGGAGACAAAUGUCUGAAGGAAACAGUUCCCCGUUUUUAGGUGGCCUUCCUACAUCAUGUUUAUAUUAUGUUGAGUAAAAAUUUUGGAGGUGUAGCUUGCUUUUUAUAAUGGUAAAUUGAGGAUUGGAGUCUAACUUUAGAGCUAAGACUUUUAUAACCAAAUGACAGAAAGUCAUUUAAUGAAUGAAAAUAAGUAUAAUGAUAUAGCUUACAAAUAAGUAAAUCAAGUAUUUUCCUGAACAGCUGGAGAACUUCUGAAGUUUCUUGAGAUGAUUGAAAUUGAUGCAAUGCUGUAGAUCUUUUGGAUUGUUACAGAAAUAAUAAAGAAGUCUCCAGAGUAGACAUUUUGUAGUGACGACUUGUCCAAACUUGACACAGGCAGGAAUGGUGAAUAUCUGGGAUAUGCAACUUCAGUGUAUCCCAUAAUUUAAAUAAAAGUGAUGUCUUGAUGAUUAUGAAGCAAUGAAAGGUACCUCACCUGACUACCUAGAACAUCGAAGCACACAUACAGACCUUACUUAUAAAGCUAUAAUGAGUUUUCAAACAGUAAAAUAUUUUCUGAAGCGGAUGUGCCGGAACAGACUAAAUUAAAAUGGAAAAGAUGCCCCAGAUGAUGCUGAAUAUUUUAUAUUGGGAAAACUGUUUUCUGCAGUGUCCCUAGAUGGUUAGACAACUUGUUUUCCCAUUUGUUCUUAUAAAGAGGUUCUUCUAAAGAGGUUGUGCUUUCUGGAUAUGAAAUACUUAAAAUAUUUUGAGAAUAAUCAGAAAUUAUUUUCCUUUGUUUGUCUUUUUUAAAAAUAUGCUUCUCAAAGGUUUGCUCCUCUGAUGUCUUUGCUGAUGUCACUGGCUUGUUCCAGUUUUUGCUGCUUGGGAAUGUAUGGCUGUGUAUGUGCUGCAAGCGCAAUGCCUUUCAUUUUUGAUUAAAAAAAGUUGUUCUCUACUCUUUCUAUGAGGUUUAUCCAACCCCCAAUUUCCUAGCUUGCAUAAGUUAAUGAAUUCCUAUAUUUCAUAUAGUUGUUACAGUUAGGUUUGACUUUUGGAAUAUAGUCCUUGUGGCACUGCUUAGGGCUGCUUGGGAGUUGCACUGAAUUUCAUGUGUAGGUACCCACGUGCAUCACACUUUUUUUCCCCCUCCUUUUUUAUCUUGUAUCAUUGAAGCGUGUAAUUAGAAGACUAUUGACAUACAUGACACCAUGUAAGAAAUUCCUGUAAUUGCUUACAUGUUAGAGAUGCGUAGAUGAACUUGACCAUUGUAAAAGAAAGACUUAGCUGGAAACUUGCAUAACUAUCACCAGACCACUUCUGGUGUUUGUGUGUGGAUCAAAGAGAGAGGACUGUGGAAUUCAAUGCUGCUGAAGUCUUUGAUUUGGUAGGGUAGACUGGUAGACAGGAUGCUGUGUCUGAAUAGUUUUGUUUCCAUGGAAAUGAGUAAAGUCUUCUUGAGAUUCUCCUCUUCAGAAAAAUUGUUAGUAUGGUAUAAUUUGUCAUCUUUAAGCAAGUUAUAGUCUGUAACCUGCAGGUGUAUUAAAUAUUGUUGUUUUGAUAUCUAAACCUGCAGGAAUAACUGUGUAGUCAUUGUUGGUAUCUUUAAGAUCUUUGAAGUCACAGGGCAGUUCAGAUGAGUCCUCUGAUAUCCUUGUAUAUAUCAACUUUCAGAUUUCUGUAUCUCUCUGUAGCUGUUUUGAAGUAUAUGAGUUUUUUCCUCUGUGGUUGACAUGUGUUCUAACAAAUGCAUUAGUUACUAGUGGUCUUAUCUUUAAAACUUGUACUGGGCAUGUCUGGUUCAGAGUUCACUUCCCAUGUAGCAGCCCAUAUGGUGCUGUGUUACAGAUUGGUGACCAGAACAGUGUUGAAAAGACACCACUGUCACUGAAUAGUUCUUGCACAACAUCAAGGUCUCCUAUGCUUCUCACUGUGCCAGUCAGUCAGCUGAGGGUAAGCAGGAGGCUGUGGUGAGGCACAGCUGGCACAGAUGAUGUGAAUUGAGCAGGGGGAUAUUCCGUAACAUAUGAGAUCAUACUCAGCAGUAAAAUUGGGUAGUUGUUUUUCCAAAGUAGACCUUGCUCAUGACUCAAAGAGACAUUGAUCUGCUGGUUUGGGAAUGACUGCUUUUGCAUAAUUUGUUUUCUUCUUUUUUCCCCUUGUACUUAUUAAACUGCCUUUAUCUCAACCUGCAAGGUGGGUCCCCCUCUCCCUCCCCACUGCUUUUGCGGUUCUUUUCAUGUCUCCAUCCUGCUGUGUAGUGGGAAGGCAAUUGAGUGGGGGCUUACCUGCUAUCCAGAGUCAAGCAGUACAAAACUAUGGCUUUGUAUGACAUGAAAAAUGAAAUCUGGACUCAUUAGCUGGAUUAGUUCCAAAAAUGUCCUGUAUGGUUGUGAAUACCAACAUUGCUAUAAUGCUACUGUACUCGUUUUAGUUUUACUGGAGGGAUGCUUGAAGUCCCUUUAAGCCUGUUCUGACAGGUGUUACAGACCAAGAGGGUUAUUCUUUUUCCCCAUUCUAUUUUCAGAAUACAGGGGUGAAUUCUUAAUUAAGAACUUAGUAUUUAGGGAAGUGCUCCUUAGCUAUUUUUAAUCUAAAAGUACCAUUAGCAGUCUUCUGGUGGAAACCCGGGUUUUGGAAAAAGAUUCUUUCUGUACUUCUAGCCCUUAAUGGUUAGCAGUUAGAGAAAUUCUGAGAAAUGAUUUAUGGGUAUUGUUAUUUUCACUGCUUCACAUAUUGCUUUUUUAUCUUGGCAUCUGAAGUUGUAGCACCUUAGAAUAUUAUGUAUUGGAUUAUGAAUUUGGGAUAUAUUCCUGAAUCACAAAAUAUUGUUUGACUGUCGUUCUUUGUAGAUCUUCAUCAGCAAUGUGGUUUUGCUUAAAGACUUUCAUUUCAAGUCUUGGAAUAGAGAAAAAGUUGUCUAUAUUUAAGAUAGAAAAUAUUCAAUUUUUCACUUUUUUUUUUUCUUUUUAUCAGCUCUCUUGAGAGCUGGGUUAGUAUCAUAACUGGCCAUUAAGACAAUCCAGGAACUUUAUAUUUUCAAAUUACUUGCACUUUCUGUAAUAAAUACAUUUUUAGAUUUCCAAGACAACUUUCUAUUUUUUGAAACAGAGUUUUAUAUAGUUGCCUGGAAAACACAGAGGACUGUAUUAGGUAGAGUUCUGUCUUUUUGUAAUAGCAUGUUGUUCAUGGUUUGAUAAUGAUUGUAGUGGGUUAGUAGAGGUAUUGAACGAUUGGCUGAGUCUAGCAAUAUCCUUGGAGAUAUUUAAAAGAUGUGUAGAUAUGGUGUUUAGGGACAUCAGCAAGGUGAAUUAUUGGACUUGAUGAUCUUGAUGGUCUUUUUCACCCUAAACAAUGCUCUUAUUUCAUGAUACAAGAGCCAUUUUGACAUGAUUAUGGUGGAGGCUAGCUACUUUAGUUAAUCUAAUUUUCACUGUUCAAGUCUUAGUUAAAAAGAGAGCAGUGGCAUGCUCAUGGAUAAGUAUUUUUUCCGAUCUUAAAUUCGCUCAUCUACGAUCUAUAUACAAUGGUUUAAAACUUCCUGGUUUUAAAGGGACUAAAACCAUGUGAAGAUUAUUUAAACUGGAAGUUACAGAUUAUUGAUUAGCCCUGAUCAUACUAAACUGAUAAGAUAAAUUUGGCAAGGCCCUGGUAAAUGCAUUUGUUCUUACAUGAGGAACUUAAUUCCUCUUUGUUUCUAUGAUGUACUUCUGAAUAUUUGACUUUCCACUGCAGUGUUAAAGGUCCAGAUCUCUUUCAUAAAUAUUAAGUCAAAUCAAGUAGUCACUUCCAUUUGAAAUGCUCAUUUCACAUCUGUGGGUGUUUGUCCUGUUUAUUUGUGAAGAAAGGAUGCUAGUGUUCCUCACAGUUUUCCAAGGCAGAUUGUCACAGUACAUUGUAUGAGUUAACUAAUGCCUUUUUUCUGGAAUAGUAAGUGCAUGUGGCACCUGAUUUCUUUAUUGGUGAGGGAACUGAGCCUGCUUAGCCGUUUAUAUCCUUGGCAGAGAAAACCUGCUGGCAAAAAUAAUUUGAUCUCAUGUGCUUGGUGGUAGUGUGCUGGAAAUAGAAUACAUGUGCGCAACACAUGGCAAAAAUAGUUAUUACAUGGUAAAGAAUUCUUUCCCAUUUGCUUUUGAAAAGAGUGAAUAAAAGUGGCGUGAAGCAGAGAUACUUAGACAUAUCUGAAUAUAUAACAUUUUCAUCUUAAGACAGUUUGCAACAGUUUCACAUCUGCUUUUAUAAAUGGCAUAGAAUUGGACACAGUGCACUAUGUAUAUGUGUGUUGAUUGCCACAAAUAUGAAGAAAAACUUCCAAUAAUUAAAAUUUUUUACUUUCUUCUCUUGUCUCGGCUUGCAGUUGACACUUGUUCACUUUAAGAGUACCUUUGUUGUAUAUUUACUGCAGUAAAAGAUUUUUUGGUAGCAUCUAAAUUGAAUGUGUAGCUCUUGAAAGCUGAAGGAGAAAAAAGCAACUGGAUUUACAUAAAUGGAGUAUGGAGUUGCUUAUAUAUAUGCAUGUGUAACAUCACUGUAAUAAUAUGUUCAUGGAGUGCUGCAGGAAAAUGUAGAGACCUGUCCAUAGCGAAAAUGGUUUGAAUUUUGUAUGUAGAUUUUUUUUAAUAUGUAAUCUGUGGACAUUUGUUUUGAACAUUUAAAAUUUUAUUAAAACAUUAAAAAUUUAUUUUUAAAAGUAGUACAGGUAGUAUGAAAAUGAAGAAAUUCUGAAAUUUCUAUUUUGAUUUUCUCCUUGUAAAGUUUUUACUUUUUUCCUAGUUAAGCACUGAUUCCAUGUGUGUGAUUAAUUAAUAGGAAUACAUGGGUGCUUCUCUUUAUACAGACUGGGUGACUCUUUCAUUGUCUUGCACCAAAUUUAUUAGAUAAGUAAAAGAAAUGCUGUGACUUCAAAUCAGAUCCUACCUGUCGUAACAAAAUGCAGUUCCCCCAAAUAUAUUUAAUGAUAAAAAGCUGCAUUGAUACUGAAGUUGGCUAAGAAUGAACUUCUAACACAAUUUGAGGUAUUAGAAAGCAGGCAUUCUUUAUUGCAGGUCAGGACAUAUUUGGAUGAUUUUUCCUCUAAUUGAAUGUGUGUUAUGAAACUUUACAACAGGGUAUUUAUUCCAUCGUGAUCAUACAUAUUCAUUACGGCAUACUUCCUAGGUAAUACAUAAACAUCACUUUUCCUAGAACUAAUUUGCAUGCAUCUGCCUCCUACUGGAAGUCCUUUUAUGAUCCUAGAGGCUCGUCCAUAGGAGUCUCUGGUCACUGUAUUCACUGGGUGCCCCUAAUGUUGUAAUGACUUUUCCUUGAACUUCUCUUAGGUCUUGCGCAGUUGUUUCUUGUUACAUAACUUUGCCACAAAAACCACUUCUGUUCCUCAUUAUCUGUUUAUCCACUGGAUUUCAGCUACUAGUUUACCAUCCUGUAUGUCUGCUUUUAUGUUCUUUUAUCUAAUUUCCUUGUUAGAAUUUUGAGCUUUAUUUUGCAGCUUCCAGGAACUGAAAAUUUCUAUUCUCUGUUGUCUGUCAGCAGGUAGAUAAUAAGUUGUCUAGAAUUUCCCUCAGCAUCUUCCAAUCUAAUGUAUCUAGUUCAUAUUAAUAGUGAAGCAUCAGGAACUUACUGAAUGCAUAUGGAUGGACAUAGUUUUUAAGUGAUUGAGCUCUGGGUGCAAAUAUCACCCAUCAAAUAUCUGUAUAAUUUCUUAAAUCCCUUCAGAUAGCGGGUAAUACUCCCAUGUUGGAUCUCCUUUUCCUUUCUUUCUCUAAAAGUAAUUUGCUGACAAGUCUGUUGGAUGGUCUUUCAUAAAUAGAUCAAAUAUCUCUGAAGUAUUUUAAAAUAACAAGUCCUUAGAAAAUAGAAUUCAGUUUGCAGUGUUGGUGCUGAAAAUGUAUUCAGUGGAUGGGAAAUUUUGCUAUUUACAAGCUCUUUGAUUCAUUUUUCUGAGUCAGUUUAAAGCCUUUGGUGACAGGGAGUAAGGGGAAGUACUGAUUGUGAACUGCUUAACUUGGUGUACUGACAAAUAGAAUUGCAGUUGCUGUUUUCAUGUGUGAGUUUUGUGUGAACAAGGGAUGAUUAAAAGAUGUUUCUGUUCAUUGCUCAAAUACUUACUUGUCCUUAGCUUCACCCAGAAGAACACGUUUUACUGUGUAGAAUGGGAAGACUUAGUCCUUAAGUGCUGCUGCUGUAUUAAUUUGAGCCAGAGAUGUUUCUGCAGGAAUGCCAGCCAUUUUAAUGUUUUUUGUUUGUUUGUUUGUUUUUUUUAAAUCCAAGAUUUAAGUUUUCUGAAUAAACCUAGAGUGGCUAAAGCUGUGCUCUGUAUCUUUAACCCAGAAGGUGCUUCUUUUCCCUUAUGGGUUUUCCCACAAAAAUCUGUGUUCUUCUUACCUAGUAUAGCUUGAGAAGGUGUCUAGUCAAACUCAGUUUUCACCUCCUGCAGUCUUUCUAAGGCCAUUACUUUAAAUUUUCUUCAAGUUUGUUUGCAGUCUGUUGUAUGCAGAGAACAGUUACUUUGUAAUUUGGGGACAACAGAAUGUGAUUAUUGUUGUAGAUAUUCUUUAGAAGGUGUCUGUAUUUUCAUAUACUCUAUGUAUUAUUUACAUGUUUAAAUGUUUAAACAUGUUCCACUUUAAAUGUUCCACUUUAAAUGUUCCACUGGAAGUACCACUUGCUGCAUAGCAGCACAGAUUUCAGUGUUAUUGAAUCAUGACCUGUGGGAAGUUUACAGCUAAUAUACCAUCAUGACUAAUAGAGAUUGUUUGGGAAAAAAAAAAAAAAAGAGAGGGUGAUGCCUGCGAAAUCAAGGGAAGGAAUGAAAGAAGGAAAAGUAGUGAAAAAGAAGAAAAAGAAUUUAACUCAUGUCUUUGUCUGCAUUCCAGUGAUCUAACAGUUCAAACCAUGGUUUUUUAUCAGGAAAAAAUCCUUCUUUCUUAAAUAGCAUUUAUGCUAGAAUACUGACUUCAGGACGUCUUUCUCUUCUUUUCCAUACAGCACACUUCCUCCUUUUCUGUUUACAGCUCAUAAAACUGGGUGUGCUGUCAGAAAAUAUUUUUGUAAGUAUUGCUAAUCGAAAAAGAUAAACCCAUCAGUAUCGAUUCCUUUUAAUGUUAAAACCCCAUAUCUCCCAUACUCAAAUGUACAGUAUAUGCAAAAUACUUGAGUCAGUCAUCUGUGAUAGUACGAUGAAAUGUCUUUUUGUUGAUUACUGAAUUUACUAGAAAUCAAAGUAGAGCAAACAGGUUGCUGAGACUUUUGGGUGUGUUGAUAGUUGUUUUUUUUAGUUGACAGGCUUAGUAGUAUUUACUAAGAAUAUUUGGUCUGAAUAUUCUUUUAAGGUUUGAAAAGAAAGAUGAAGAAUCUCACCAUUAGCAGGUUUUGGGAAUGUUUUCCUGUGAAUUAGAAGAUAGAAAACUAUGUGUCAGUUGUUAUUACAGGGAUUAGAUGUUAGCAGACUUUGCUGCAAAGCUGUUGCAAUUUAUACAAAUGAGAUAUGGUACUACAUUAAUGCUAUUUUUUUCAGUGGUAGUGUUGUUAGAAUAGCCAUAUACAAUUAUUCUAUUAAGUAAAUUAGUUCAAAUUUUUUGUUUAAAGAAGCAACUUUGGUGCUUAUCUCUUCAGAGGAUUUUGUUUUGGAAGAUGUAGUAUUAAUAAAAAUCACAAGUAAUAAUUUCACCAUUACUUUGGAGGUAAAGAGUAGGGUAAAAUAUUACUGUUGUGGUUGUCUAGCUUGAACUUUGCUAUUCUGUAUAAGAGUUCAGUUAUGUUUAAUGUAGAAGUUUGCCUAGUGGAGGCUGAAUUUGAAAAUGAAAAGUUUUUUGGGGAAGUUGAAGUUGAGUUUGCAUACUACCACAAUGACUAAAGAAGUACUCAAGCAUUCUGUAAUGCUUGUUGGGGAAAUAAUGUAGAAAUACAAGUGUUAUAGGAAGAAGCUUUACUUUUUUUUUAAUAAAAACCUCUGUGUUGAAUAA